AUGCAUUCGCCGUUAAGGGAUGUGGUGGUCCAUUCUUGGAAGGUGGUGACUCAGGUCUUUGAUGACAAGAAUAACCAGAAACAGGUGUUUGCCUAUGGGGUUAAUUGCGAAGUGGAUGAGCUUCUCUUACCAGAACACUACGAGUCAUCGAGUUCUUGCUGUUUUGAUGAAGACGAAUCUUACUCUGAACAAGAAAUCGAGGAUGAGAAUGAAACUACGUCUGAGAGUUCUGAGGCUGAAUGUAAGGAUGAAAAAAGUGAAUGUAGAGAUGGAUG